AUGAAGGCUGUUUCUCUCCAGGUCCUGUUUGUGCUGAGGGUCUUGUGCCUGGUGACCCUGGCUGGAGGGCAACCCAAAGCAAACCUGAAGUGUUCCAGAGAGUGCAGUGGUUUUACAUCUGGGAUACUGGCAAAGCGGAUAAGGAGCUACCGCAGGACCGAACCCCGGUGCACCAAGCAAGCCAUCAUAUUUAUUACUCUGAAGUCCAUAGAGAUUUGUGCAGAUCCAGAGGCAGACUGGGUGAAGAAGAUUGUAGAAAAACUGGACCAGAAAAAGGCCACAGCCUCCCCACUUCCACGUGGUGCCACCUUAGCAGUGGCACCAGAAGAGCCUGGUGGUUUUCAGAAACAUGUUGGUCUUACAGUAACGGUUCCAUCUCAAGCCACUGCUCCAUCUCAAGCCACUGCUCCAGCUGGUUUCUUCCAAGGAACUGGCACAACAGUUUUAGAGAGAAUACAUGUUCCUGCUGCCAGGACGGAGGCAUCCAGCAUGUCCCCACCAGCCAUGCAGGCCACUACUCAGCUCCCUGAAGGAUCAACCCCUGUGUUACAUGAAGUUCCUGCCCACUCUCAAAUCAUUGCAGAAGCAAACAGAGAUUCAUCAAAAUCUCCCAUACCUUCAACAACUUUUGCAGCAGGCAUAGUCUUCAGCCAGCCCACCCCAUAUCCCACGGCUCUUGUGCAUGGCUUUGACAAUGCUGUGGGAUCUACAGAAGAACCUAUAGGACAUCCUGCAAAUGCUACAGCUAAUGUUCAAGACACAACUUCUCCUAGCUCAAAUUCAGACCCCAUGGCCAUUACUGAAGGGUCAGACCAUCCUGUACUUUCUACAGAUGAAUCCCUGGACCCUACAAGUGCAAGAGCCAACACACCAGACACUGCUUCUACCAGUUUUACUUCAGAUUUCCCCUCCAUCCCGGACGGCAUGGAGAUAGCCACAGUCCCAGCCACACCAGUUCCACCAGAGACCACUUCAGUUUCUACUCUAAACUCCACAACUGCCAUAGGCAAAGCUCCCUCUGUCCAUACCAGCAAAGUUGUCAGUUCCUCUGAAGAUACUUUUGGUACUAGAAUUAGAACUGAUUAUUCACUACCUGUAGGAGAGCAAGAGCCUUCGGGUACGUCAGUUUGUACUAGUCAAGCAUUCUCAGGCCAGGCCAGAGUGCAGAUGAGUACAGAGAGACCAAACAAUCUGCCUCUUCCCAGCUUCUUGUCAAGAUCUCAAAUGCACUUUAUCGUCCCGGUUUCUGUGGUGGGCGGUCUGAUGGCUUGCAGUGUUGCUGUUGUAUGGCUGUAUCUAAAAUUUGGAGUCAAAACAGAAGAAAUGUCAAGAGAAAUGGUACAGGGCUUGCUCUACCAGAAGGAUGGACAUCAAAACAAUGUCUAUCCAAUGGAAGUCAUCUGA